AUGAAACUUUAUAUAGUAUUUUUGGUAAUUUGUGCUGUUGUCUCAUAAAAAGAAAAUACAGAAUUAUCCUAAGAAGACUAAACUCUCUUGGAUAGUAUGUUUAAAGAUAAAUUCGGAAUGAAUGUAUUAAAUGAUAUACAAAGUGAAUACAGAAAAGAUUCUGGUAAUAAUAUAAUUUGUAUUUUGAGAAACUAAGGACUAAUUAUUAAGAAUCGAAAGUUUAUUGAAUACUAUUGAAAAAUAGAUAGCCUAAGAUGAAUAGGAUGAUCUAGAAUAAUUAACCAAGGAUUAAGAACUAUGUAUUAAAAAAAAACGAAUUUUAUAUUAGAUAAUUAAUAACUAGAGAGUUUGAAAGAGAAAAUAGCUGAAGCAUAAUAUGAUUAUAGUAGUAUUGAUGCAACAAUUAGAUUAUUGGAAGAUGAAUCCAAUAGAUAUGAUACUCAAAUAAAUGAGAAAGAAAAUAUUGUUAAUGAAUAUGAAUCUACUCUAAUUUAAUUGGAAGAAAUCAGAUAACAUGAAGUAUAUAAUAAUGUAGAGUAUAAAAUAGAAUGCUUAUUUUGAAAUUACAAGAGAUGAUUCAUUUGCUAUAUGUAGUUUAAUAAAAAGAGCUAGAUAUUUGAUUAGAGAAUUAUUACCUAGAAGUCCAAGAAAUGUUGCAUUUGUUCAAUAAUAUACUUAUGAAGAUAAUUCUCAUCAAUUCUCUACUACAGAUGUCUUAUAAUAAAUGAAAGAUCUUUAAGUUGAAGCUUAAGAGACAUUAUAAAAUAAUGAACCAUUUUUGAAGAUCAUAAGUUUUUAAUAUCAAUUAAUUAAAAGAUGAAUUUGUAACUGUUUCUACUCAAACUGAAGCUGUUAUUGACACUGUUAGAGCAAAUGCUAUCAUUAAUUUAUUAUAACAAUUAUAUGAUUAAGUAGAUAGUACUAGUAGAGUUUAAUUAACUGCUGAAGAUGAUAGAGAAAACCUUCAUUAACGAGUGAAGGAUUAAAUCAAUGGAGAAUUGGAUUAUUUACAUUUAUAAGUAUGUAUAAUUUAUAUCCAUUAUUCUCUUAGCUCUCCAUACUCUAUGAUGAAUAAGAUGGUGUAGAAGCACACAUUAUUGCAGCAUAAAUGGAUUAGAAGGAUGGUGAAUAAAGAUUGGCCAAUCUUAAAUAAUCAUAUUAGGAUUUAUAAAAAUGCAAAGAAGAUUCAAAAGUAUAAGGAGGAAUUAUAUAUUUAGGUGAAUUAUGGAGUAAGAUCAAAGGAGAGAAAGGAAUAGUUGAAAUUAUUAAGGAAGGCUAGAGAUGUUUUAUUGAAUGAAUUUGAUGCUGUUAGAUGUUACAUUGAAGAUAUUCUUAGUAGGAGUGUAAGUUAAGAUUGA